AUGUCUCGGCUGACUCUCAAAUUUCGCGAAUAUGUGAGCGAAGAUCCCAACGGUGAGGAGAAGCGAUCAUUCGACAUCUUCGAGACUUAUCUUCAACCAAAAUCGGAUCUCUCAACCGUCGAUGCUUCAGUAAAGCUCCGAGGUGUCUUUACGUCUUCGGGCAAGCGCUUUGGCGACAAGUUUCAUCAUGAGAUCCUGGCUCACUUCAUCGAAGAUCUCGCUCGGCAGGUUCCGGCUGAAAAUCCUUCUCAAGAUCGGCUCGUCUCAUUGUUCAAGGCGCUUCAAGCAGGUGAUUCUGGCGCGGCCCGCUGGUCAGCCGGAGAAUUCGAAGAAGGUCUCAAUGCAAAAUUACAGAUGGAUUCCAGUGUGGACGAAGAUCAUGAUGAAGAGUCUCGAGACCCCGAAUUCAUCAACUGGAUCGCGUUCGUCGCCCGCCUAUGCGAAGCAGGUAUUAUCAACUGCACCGGGAUCGCCAUCGAAGCUCAGGCGGAUGGCUUAGAGAUCGCUUUCGAGGACGGCUCACUCAUCUACGGCCUAGGCACUGACAUGCGUAUUCAACGAGCUGCUAUGUGGGUCAUUCACAGCCCAAAAUUGCUAUGGAAAGGCAUUGUGCACACCCCUGAAUCAUCACAAGAGAAGCCAGAGGGCAUGCAUUACUGGCCGAUCAGGAAUGGCGCGUUCUAUCACGGUGCGAGUACUGGGUUGGAGAGAUGGAGGUUCUGGAAAUCCAGGUUCGAGGAGGCUAUGGUGCUAGAGGAAUUGACGCCGCAGACGAAAGCGGCCGCGGCGAGGGCUGCUCUGGCGAUGGAGAGACAAGAAGGCAAGGGAAUGAUCGUGGGCGCUCUAGUCAAGCCAGACUGUAAUACAAUGUAG